ACUACCCCAAGGUUAUAGGGAUAAUAAACCCACCAUUUUUAUUGUGGGUUUUGAUAGAAGUAGCGUAAAUUAUAUCGAUUUUCGGCCGUUAUGUGUUGCAAAAUAUUGGUGGUGGUUUAUGGGAAUGUAUGAUUCUUCGCUUCUGUAUUUCAUACAGAAGGUCAGAUCUUUGAUACCUUGUGGUAAUAGUGAUUCGGAUUCGAUACUCCGUUUAUUUGAGACGAUGGAAAACACGUGCUGCCAUUGCAAGAGCAGCAUGUUAAAAUCCGACAUCAAAUACCACUGUCAAAACUGCGCAAGUCUGUUGUGCAGGAACUGUAUUCAAGCACUUGCAUCUUUUGACGAGUCGAUUCUUACGGUCAAAUCUUGCAAAUUCUGUUUCGAACUGAGUCCGCUGAGUAAAAGCGGUCAAAGAUAUAAUAGUGGUAAAGUCCAUCCUUCCGAGUCUCCUAGACAAAGCCCGGAACCUCCGUCACCGAGUUUUAGUGGUGAUUCUCCACUGUCGCUUCGUUGCUCAACAAUCAGGAGCGACGAAGAAGAGGGAGAGAAUUCGACGAGUCACUUCUUGAGCACCCCAUAUGAAUACUUCCGUGACGAUUCCGACGUAGAUUCAAUUAGUGCUAAAAAUGAAUUUUACACUUUGGAUAACGAGCAGGCUGUUUUAGAAAGCCCUGCCGGUAAUAAAGAGACACCUCCACAACAAACAUUGGAUUUCGAAGCCAACGGUACUCUGAUCUGGUUUCCUCCUCCGGCCGAUGAUAUCAGCGAUGAGGUGGAAAACGGAUUGUUCACGUACGCUGACGAGGACGAUGAUGUCGGAGAAUCGGGUGACGUGUUCUUGCCUAGUGCUGCCGGUAUUGACGAUGCCUUGUUUUCAGACAGGGAUAAGCAGAAGAGUCGUGAUGACGUGGAACCUUGGAGAGGUGCUGUGGAGGGUCACUUUCGAGCUCUCGUGUCGCAGAUUUUGCAAGGGCAGGGUGUAAUUUCUGACCAAGAUAACGGGGCCCACGAUUGGCUCGAUAUAGUGACAGCUAUCGCAUGGCAAUCUGCAAAAUUUGUAAAGCCCGAUACGAGUGGAGGUGGUAGCAUGGAUCCGUGUGACUAUUUGAAGGUCAAAUGUGUAGCUUCCGGAGUUCCUAAGGAGAGCAAACUUAUAAAAGGAAUAGUUUGUACAAAGAACAUAAAACACAAACGAAUGACGUCCCAAUACAAAAACGCUCGGCUACUUCUCUUAGGAGGAGCACUCGAAUACCAAAGAGUUCCCAAUCAGCUAGAAUCUUUCGAGACAUUGCUACAACAGGAAAAUGAUUAUCUGAAGACGAUAGUUUCGAGGAUAGAGGCCCAUCGCCCAAAUGUACUUCUCGUGGAGAAAAGUGUGUCUUCGUUUGCGUUAGAGCAUCUCCUAGAAAAAGAAAUCUCGUUAGUUCUAAAUGUUAAAAGACCGUUGUUGGAAAGGAUCGCUAGGUGUAGCGGUGCUAGUGUAACCCCAACGACCAAUCAUAUAUCGACAGCAAGGUUGGGUCACUGCGAGCUAUUCCACUUGGAGAAAGUUUCGGAAGAACACGAGCCGCCAAAUCAAUUCAACAAAAAACCGUCGAAAACGUUGAUGUUUUUCCAAGGUUGUCCAAGGCGUUUAGGCUGCACGAUUGUACUGCGGGGCUCGAGUCGAGAGGAGCUCAAAAAGGUGAAACAGGUGGUCCAGUAUGCUGUCUUUGCAGCGUAUCAUUUAUCGCUCGAGACCUCGUUUCUUUCGGACGAGGGCGCCACGCUUCCUAAAUACUCGUCAACCAAAUCGUCGACCGAUCUUGCGUUGGAUCUUGGACUAAACGAAUCCCUAUCCGAACUCGAUUACGAAGACGAAGACAUUUCUUCCCCGAACGAAUUUACGUACAGAGAAGCGCUGUACGAGGCAUGCGACGAGAAUUUAGCAUUGAAAAACGCGACGGAACCGCAAAAUCACGAAGUAGAAUCUCCGUUAAAAUUCGACGAUACUCCACACAGCAUAUUAGUCUCUUUCUCGAGCCACUGCGUGACGAAUGGAACCGUAUGCGAGCGGUCGCGCCUCAUUCGGUUAAAAUUCUACGGCCCUUCUGAUAAGCCACUCGGAAGAUAUCUCAGAGACGAUUUAUUUAAUCAGUCGAAUCAAUGUCGUUCGUGUAAGGAAUCGGCUGAAGCCCAUGUGAUGUGUUACACACACCAGCAUGCGAAUGUUACGAUAAACGUAAAAAGACUACCGUCGGUUAAGCUUCCCGGCGAGCAGGAUGGCAAAAUAUGGAUGUGGCACAGAUGCCUUAAGUGUGAAUAUAUAGAGGGGGUCCCACAAGCCAAUCGAAGAGUUAUUAUGUCCGAUUCUGCAUGGGGACUUUCUUUCGGCAAAUUUCUCGAACUUAGUUUUUCUAAUCAUUCGACUGGCAACCGUGUUGCCAGCUGUGGCCAUUCGCUUCAAAGGGACUGCCUCAGAUUUUACGGUUGUGGCAGUAUGGUUGCUUUCUUCAGAUAUUCUACUAUUAAUGUCCUUUCUGUCCGUUUGCCCCCGUCGAUUCUUGAAUUCGGUGGCACUGGCGAACAAAUGUGGAUAAGAAGAGAAGCGUACGAGCUUUCAAGCAAAGCAAGAGAUUUGCAUGCAGAGAUAUCAGAUUUUCUCGAGGAAUUUAAAGCGAAAAGCUUAUCCGCUAUGGAUGAAUUUUCCGAUGCAAGCGAAUUACACCGACAUGUUUUGGAGCUAGACGACAUCCUUUUCGAAGAAAAGAGUUAUUACCAAAACAUGCUCCAAAUAGCCGACGAAAAUAUCAGAGAACAAGAUCAAGCAGCCUUGGACAUUCUUGAAAUUAACCGUUUAAGGCACUCUCUUGUAAUAAGCUCACAAGUUUGGGAUCGCCGAAUAUAUUCGCUGGACUCCCUCCUCAAGAGAAGCUCCAGUCUCAACGACGUUGCCUCUCUUGCUAGAUCGAAGGAAUAUUCCGACACGUAUUUCAAAGAUUCCACCACCGACGUCCUUGGUAGUGAAGAUAGCAUUUUCGAGUACGCGAAACCAGAGGAUUAUUCCUCCAACGAAAACUACGUCGAUGAAAACACCGCACCGUUGGAACGGCUUCCGUCGGCAGCAUCGAUCCUUUCGGACAAGAUAGAUUCUGCAUGGUCCGGUGCUGACGUGGCACCACCGAACGUUGACCCCGCCGAAACAACAACACCGCCCUCGUUCGCACGAAUAAGUCAUACAAGACCGAAUAUGGCGCCGACUAGGGUGUAUUCGUUCGAUUCUGCCCAGAGGCUCCAAGAAAGAAUGAGCAAAGGGCUCCCACCUUCGUCUCUCUACUUGUCCACCCUUCGAUCUUUUCACGCUUCGGGAGAUUACAGGUCCAUGGUAAGGGAUCCUGUGGCGCACGUACAGAGGACUUUUUCUCAAGGAUCGCUUCGUGAAUCCGAAAGGCUAAACCUUUCUCCCUCUUCGUUUAUCUCUUCCGCGACUUCUCUUUUGCCCGAUGGAGCGAGAUUGAUGGUCCCACAAAACGAUGUAGUUCUCACCGUUUUCGAUAAAGAGCCGACCAGCAUAAUAUCUUACGCACUUAGCUCCAAAAAAUACGAAGAUUGGAUUUCCGAUCGGCCAAACGGGCCUAUCAGAAAGGUGAAUUCGCUAGCCUCUAAUCUUUCGACAUGGCAUUCAUUUGGUUCAAUGGAUUUGGACUACAUAAACUACACCAGAAGCUAUACCUCCGAAGAAGCUACGGAUCACAGUAGUAAUAGUUCUCCUCAUGUUCGAAUUUCUUUCGAGGACGAAUCUUCGAAUUUAGCGACGAAAGUGAAAUUUUCCGUCACUUGUUAUUACGCGAAGAGAUUCGAUUCUCUUAGGGGGGAGUGUUGUCCGGGUGAAGUGGAUUUUAUUCGUUCGUUGAGCCGUUGUAGGAGAUGGAGCGCCCAAGGCGGCAAGAGUAAUGUUUAUUUCGCAAAGUCGUUCGACGAACGGUUUGUGAUUAAACAGGUGACGAAAACGGAGUUGGACUCGUUUGAAGAAUUUGCACCUGAAUAUUUUAAGUAUUUGACGGAUGCUCUUAGCUCGGGAAGUCCGACUUCACUUGCAAAAGUUCUUGGCAUAUAUCAGGUUACGGUGAAACACAUGAGAGGCGGGAAGGAAGUGAAGAUGGAUUUGAUGGUGAUGGAGAAUCUUUUCUUCGGAAGAAGCAUUUCUAAAGUGUACGACCUAAAGGGGUCCGUAAGAUCCCGUUACAAUUCCGACACAACGGGUGCUAACAAAGUUCUCUUAGACACAAAUCUAUUGGAAACACUCCGUACGAAUCCUAUCUUCCUUGGAAGCAAAGCCAAGAGAAUCCUCGAGCGAGCCGUUUGGAAUGACACCUCAUUUUUAGCCUCGGUGGAUGUGAUGGAUUACUCGUUGCUAGUGGGAGUGGAUGAAGAGAGAAAGGAAAUGGUGAUCGGGAUAAUAGAUUUUAUGAGACAAUAUACAUGGGACAAGCAUUUGGAGACGUGGGUGAAAGCGUCGGGAAUACUCGGUGGACCGAAGAAUGCUUCUCCGACUAUUGUUUCACCCAAACAGUACAAGAAAAGAUUUAGGAAAGCAAUGACAACUUACUUUCUUACAGUACCAGAUCAAUGGUCUUCUAAUUAGCAAACAGAACCUUAUGCUUUUUUUUUUUUUUUUUUAAUUGACUCCAUAAAUGAGGUGUACAAAAGUAGUGUAAAUAGAGGCCCUGCAAAUAUUAUUAUUAUUAUUUUAUUUUUAGUUUUUUUGGUA